AGCUUCAUUCAUUCCUCUGUGCGCUUUACCUUCUCCUUCUCCGAGUUUUAUUCGUUCUCUCGAGUUUCUGGACUACCGACAGGAUGGAAUCUGCUUGUCUUGUCGUUUCCAAGAUGAAUUUCCCCGGAGCUCCGUCUUUAAGAGCGGCCCCGGCGGACCCACGCAUGGAACAGUCUCCAAUCAGCAGAAGGCCUGUCCUGUGGAGACCGUGGCUCAUGUCCGAUCAGGACUCGCAUACCGUGAGCAGGAGGACCAAGCUUAUCUGUCCUUAUUCCCGGCCGACGGUGCCAAGCAACACCAUGGCAGAUGGCAAAGCUCUGCCUUUCCAGCACCCUGUCAGACUGUUCUGGCCCAAAUCCAAGUCAUACGAUUACCUCUACCGCGAUGGCGAGGCUCUGCUGAAAAACUUCCCAGUCCAAGCAACCAUCUGCUUUUAUGACGAGUCCGAUAGCGAGGAGGAUGACGACGAGGAACAGGACGAAUGGGACGACGAAGAAGAUGAUGAAGACAAAGAGUGCCUCAAACCUCAAGGCCGUUUUUGCCAAUAUAACUAAUUUUUUUUUUUUUUCCUCGAAACUUUGCACCGUUACACCAGAGGAGCUUCGGAUGGUCCAUCAGGACCAGGAAUCGCUAAGAAAACUUCCUAAUAAAUUACAAACUGCACAGAUUGAAAAAAAAAUCCGACUUCAGGAUCGGACGGUUCUCCGGAUUGUAAUUUCCUCCUGGAAAUGUGUAACAGCAAGCAAAUGAUCCCACAUUGGGAUGAAUGUUUUGACUCAGGGUCCCUGCUUUUUAAAUGCAAGAUUUUUUUUAUACUUAUUUUAUUUCCUUGUCCCUAAUUUAUGUCCUGUAUAUAUCUACAUUUUUAUAUAUAUAUAUUUAUGUCCUAUUUUUUUACUUGUGUAUAAAUUACACAAUAAACCUAUACAUAAGAAGGAAA